UUGUAAACCUGGAUGAAACUAAUCCAAUCUAGUCCCGACGACGUUCCCUUGCUAUUUAAAAAGGACUCUUUUAAAGAGAGUUAGCAUAGCUAGCUUAACCCGGUUAAGUGGAGGACGCCAUUUUGAAACGCUACUCGAUUUAACUUCGUCGAUGGAUCUUUAUGAGGACGGGAGGCUUCAAAGUGGACACACACACAUACACGCCGGUGAUACGGAGCGGGACGUGGUUCACCGGUCGGGCAGCGACCAACCCGUGACCGGGGACCUCCGGACACUGCGCAACCUAACGGCCUUGGAGAAGAGCGGCCAGGUGGCGCCAUGCUUUGAAAGAGUCCAGACCGACAUCGAGCCGCACAUGCGGAAGAUACUGGCCGUGUGGAUGUUUCAGGUGUGUGAGGAGCAGAAAUGUGAGGAGGAGGUGUUUCCGCUGGCAGCGCACUACCUGGACUGUUACCUGAGCGGUUUCGCUGUUGAAAAGUCCAACCUGCAGCUUUUAGGAGCUGUUUGCAUGUUCCUGGCCUCCAAAAUGAGAGAGACUGUCCAUCUGACUGCCAGCAAGCUUUGCAUCUACACAGACUACUCUGUUUCAAUCUCGGACAUCCUGCAGUGGGAGGUGGCCGUGGUCUCCAGGCUAGACUGGUGUCUGGCGUCUGUGGUGCCCUCUGACUUCCUGGAGCCAGUGCUUCACGCGCUGCCCUUGGUUCGGCCCCAACACCUUCCGAGCAUGCGCAGACAUGUUCACUCCUAUAUUGCUCUGGCAGCCACUGACUGCAGGUUUUCGGUGUUCUUGCCCUCCACCAUUGCAUGUGCCAGCGUGAGCAUUGCCAUGCAGAGGCUAAAGUUAGUGGACGCUGCCGUCUCCUCUGAUUCGGUGAUGACGUUUUUGGCCAACCUAUUGGUCAUUGAUCUGAGCUCCGUCCUCCUCUGCUCUGACACGUUAGGGAAUGUGUUGGAGCUCAGCCUGCCCUCUUGUUUCCAGGCCAGUGUUUGCAGAUCAGGAGCUCACAGGUCAGAGAUCAGCUGCACCCCUGCUGACUUUCAGGAUGUUGGAUUGACACCAGUGACAUCUAAAAACACUCCCUCACAUUAAUGGCUACAUUGUAAAUUGGCAGCCAUUAAACAGAACAAUGCCAUCACUCUGUAAUCUCAAUUGUUCUUGGCAAGUUGAUUCUCUGCAACAUGUCGAGCCAUUACAGUUUGAGUUUUGUUUCAAACAUCCAUCCUGUUGCCGUUUGUUUAAAGUGUUAUACUUGGCAGCUUUAAAAUAUAACACAUUAACUUAUCGUUGAAUUUAACUUAAUCCUAUUUGCAAUUUUGCACAUUUGAAAUGUUAUGUAUUCUAUUCAUAUGUAUUGGCACUUAUCUGGAUUCAUUAAAUAAUUUAACAGCUUUAUAUCUGAA